AUGCAGAUGACACCACCCUUAUGGCAGAAAGUGAAGAAGAACUAAAGAGCCUCUUGAUGAAAGUGAAAGAGGAGAGUGAAAAAGUUGGCUUAAAGCUCAACAUUCACAAAACAAAGAUCAUGGCAUCCGGUCCCUUCACUUCAUGGUUGAUGGGUUGCUUUUUGAGAGUCGACUGAAAGGAGCUCUAGAAGCAAGUAAGAGGAGAAAUAUAUACCAAAGAUGUAUCCAAUUAAAACAGGCAAUAGAUGAAAAUAAAAAUGCUCUUCAAAAAUUAACAAAAGCUGAUGAACCUGCACCUGUGGGAAAUUAUCUUCAGAAGAAAGAGGAGGAGCACAAUCUUUUGGAUAAGCUUACCCACCAACUGCAGGAGCUUGCUGUGUCCAUAAGCAGAGAAAAUGGCACUGAAACUGGGGCACUUACUGAAAGAGAGGAAGAGGAGAAUUCUGCUGAAGAAGAUGAAGAAGAAGACGACGAAGAAGAAAGCGCAGAAAGUGGGGGUGAGGACGAAGAAACAGAAGAGGAAGAGGAAGAGAAACAGGAAGGCGAAUCUCACCCAGAGACCACAAGUGGAGAGUACAUUGCUCUUGGAGAUUUUAUGGCUCAGCAAGUGGGAGACCUUACAUUUAAAAAAGGGGAAAUUCUCUGUAUAAUCAAAAAAAACUCUGAUGGUUGGUGGAUGGCUAAGAACGCCAAAGGAAACAAAGGCCUUAUUCCGAAAACCUACCUGGAGCCCUAUAAUAAAGAAGAAGGCCAAGAAUCAAGUGAAGAAGGCAGUGAAGAAGAUACAGAGGUAGGGGAUGAAGCAGCAGAAGGACCAGAAGUCAAGCAAAGAACCGAUUCUCACUGGAGUGCUGUCCGGAAAGCCAUCUCAGAGCAGAUAAACACCGUUGAUGUGUUGACCACGAUGGGAGCUGUUCCUGCCGGGUUCAGGCCUUCCACCCUCUUCCAGCUCCUGGAGGAAGGGAAUCAAUUUCGAGCAAGUUACUUCUUACAGCCAGAGCUCACACUUUCCCAGCUGGCCUUCAGAGAUCUAAUGUGGGAUGCAAAAACCGGCUCUAUCAGGUCAAGACCGAGCCGUGUCUCCUUGAUUCUGACCCUCUGGAGCUGCAAGGUGAUUCCUCUUCCAGGGGUGAGCAUCCAAGUUCUGAGCAGACACGUGCGCCUCUGUCUGUUCGACGGCAGUGAGGUUCUGAGCAACAUUCAUACAGUCAGGGCCACGUGGCAACCUAAGAAGCCCAAAACAUGGACCUUUUCUCCCCAGGUUACUGGCAUCUUGCCCUGCUUGCUUGAUGGCGACUGUUUCAUCAGAUCCAAUUCUUCCUCUCCAGAUCUUGGGAUAUUAUUUGAACUUGGAAUUUCUUAUAUUCGCAAUUCCACUGGUGAGAGAGGAGAGUUGAGCUGUGGCUGGGUGUUUCUGAAACUUUUUGACGCCACUGGAAUUCCUAUUCCAGCAAAGACUUACAAGCUCUUCUUGAAUGGCGGCACCCCGUAUGAAAAAGGUGUGGAAGUGGACCCUUCAGUAUCCAGAAGAGGACAUGGUAGUGUUUUCCAUCAGUUGAUGACAAUGAGGAGGCAGCCUCAACUUCUAGUGAAACUGAGAUCUUUGAACAGAAGAUCAAGGAGCACGCUGAGUCUACUACCAGAAACAUUAAUUGGAAGCAUGUGCUGCGUCCAUUUGUUGAUAUUUUAUCGCCAGAUUCUUGGAGAUGUUCUCCUGAAAGACAGGAUGAGCCUGAGCAGUGCAGAUUUAAUUAGUAAUCCAGUGCUGGCCACCUUCCCCAAGCUCUUGGAGGAGUCAGACAUAAUGGAUGCACUCAGGAGUUCCUGGGCUGAGAAAGAGAGUACAUUAAAAAGAUCAGAGAAGAGAGACAGGGAGCUGCUGACGGCCGUGUUCCUGCUGGUCUACCACGACUGCGUGCUCCCCCUGCUGCACUCCGCGCUCCUGCCCCCGUUUAGGUGGGCCGAGGAGGAGACUGAGGCUGCCCGGUGGAAGGUCAUCGCCGACUUCCUCAAGCAAAACCAGGAAAAUGAGGGCGUCCUCCAGGUUCUGCUGUCGCCGGAGGGGGUCCAUGAGCCUUUCGACAUUUCCGAGCAGACCUAUGACUUCUUGGGUGAAAGAAGGAAGAACAUAGCCUGACAGCCGUGGCCUUUGACCCUCAGCUCCCCGCUGAGCCUGAUAGACCCGCCACGAUGCCCUGCACCACGUGGCCCAACCAGAACUCACGGUCCCGUCACUUCUCUGUACAGGCCACAUUCUAUAGGAAAUGUUUAUCUGAUCAUUUGAAUAUGUGUCAUACAGUAAAGCAAAUUUUUAUAAGUAAUAAUUGAAAGAGAAUUUUUUUUUUUUUUUUCAAAAAACAACUGCUACAUUUCUUUUAAAAUUGAGUGUAGUUGAGUAUAGUAUGUUGAGGAUGAGAUGGUUAAGACAGCAUCACUGACUGAAUGGACAUGAGUCUGAGCAAACUCUGGGAGACAGUGAAGGACAGGGAAGCCUGGCGUGCUGCCGUCCGUGGGGUCAUGAAGUGUCGAACACAACUUAGUGGCGGAACAACAGCAAUGUGGUUGAUGUGAAAUGUGAAAGUUUCAGGUAUACAGCAGAGUGAUUGACAGUUUUUAAAAAGUGCAUUCUAUUUAAAGCUGUUAUAAAAUACUGGCUAUAUUCCCUUUGUCGUACAAUAUGUCCUUGUACUAUGUUUAUUUUACACUUCAUACUUCUAUCUCUUAAUCCCCUAUCUUUCCCAUCCCCGUUUUCCUCUCCCCACUGCUAACACUAGCUUGUUCUCUGUGUCUGUUUCUUUUUUUCAGUGGAAGUAUAAUUGAUUUCAAUGUUGUGUUAAUUUCUUCUGUAGAGCAAAGUGACUCAAUGACACAUACAUAUAUACAUUCUUUUUUAAUAUUCUUUCCCCU